AUUUCCAAAAACCUAACCUUUUUUGAUUUUCCAAUUUUUUGCAAUGACAGCAAAACAGUGACAGAAGUUUAGAUACAAAAACUUGUUUAUAAUGAUAUAAAAAAAAUUAAAUUCUUAUUUUAAAGUUGGAAGAUUUAAAAAACAAAAUUCAAAUCUGAAUUUUUUAAUUUUCUAUCAAUGAUAUAUUUACAAGGAAUUUUAAGUGAAAAAAAAUAUACUGGGAAUGACAUAACCUUAUUUUUUAUAUAGAUGAGGAAUAAUUUUAAAAAACAUUUGUUUAAUUGCUACAAAAAAAAAAUGAAACUUUUAAAUGUAACAAUUUUAAUGUCUCUGUGAUAUGAUACGCAAAACAAUUUUUAAAAAAGAAACCUUUUUUUAAUUCAUUGAAAGAAGAUGAAAAUGACUGUGAUUUUCAAACAUCAAAUUUUACUAAUUCAUCGACGAAAUCUUGGCACAUUCAAUGUAAAUAAAUUGAAACCGGAAUUUGUUUUAAGCAAUGAAAAUCGUCUAGCGUGUAUUCAAAAAUUAAAAUUAUAUAAAGUCCCAAAAAAGACAGAAUUAAAUCCAAAUAAAAAAGCAGCAAUUCUUGCACCACUUUGUAUUUAUAAUGGUGAUCUUGGAUUUCUCUAUACAUUACGAUCAUCGAGAUUAAGUUCAAAUCAAGGUCAAGUUUCAUUUCCAGGUGGAAUGCAUGAUGAAACAGACGCAACAUUAAUUGAUACAGCGCUAAGAGAAACGUGGGAAGAACUACGAAUUCCCAUAAAUAAUGUUAAUGUUUGGACGAGUUCUGAUUUAUUUAUAAGAAGAGACGUAAGUGUAUUGCCGGUACUUGGCUAUAUUGGUGAAAUUGAUCCUGAGAAGCUCAAUAUAAAUACACGUGAAGUCGAGUCAGCCUUUGUUGUCACAUUGAAAAAUCUUUGUGAUCCUUCUCUGUGUCGUUUUACACAAUUUCGAAAUAAUUUCACACUGCCAGCUUACCUAGGUGGUAAACAUCGUAUUUGGGGAUUAACUGCAGCGAUAACGCACAUGAUGAUGAUGGCACUUGUGCCAUCCGAUUGUUAUACUCAUAAAAUUACGUACCUGAAACCAAUUGAGAAAACAAUACAUCUAAACAGCCAAGUAUGACAAUUUUUUUUUUUUUUUUUUUAAUCUUUAGAUAGCUCUAUUAUAUUAAAUUUUAAUCAAAGAUUUGUAUAUUUUGUUUUUUAUGAAAAUAAAUGAAAAAAAAAGUUUUA